UGCAUGAAACAAAAUAAAUUUCCGAGAAAUAUUAGCUAUUGUAUCGAUUUGCAUCAUACGUUAAUCUAUGAUUCAACCGUAUUCAUUUACAAAUAUUUGUCGCACCGCUUGGGAAAGCUUUUAUCUAUUUUCUAUACAAAAUACGGCGCUUCUGUACGAGCUGUUAAAAAUGAAUUAACCAGCCUUAACAUGAUCAAGCUACGUAUUGACUAUUCGUGGGUGUGUGAGACACCAAAGGCAUUCGACAGAGAGCGAAUGUCGCAUAACUACAUGGAACUUCGAUAAACUUACUAGUAAUUACAGCGAAAACUUUCAACUAGUUGAUAUAACUCUCCAUGCAGCUGAGUACGCUUUUAAGUAAAGAAUAUUCAACACGUAAAAAUAAUGAAGAAACCAGAAUAGUAAUUACGGAAGUUCUCAUACGAUAAUUUCGGAGUUAAUAAAGGCUGAUAAUAACAACAUACAUCGGGCAAUGAAGAUAUGCGUUUUGCUAGUAACAGCAUUUCUGUGCUUUCAAACGACAUACUCCUUUGCUGAAACUGACAAUAUCAUGGACUGCCACAUGGGGAAGUGUAAGAGUGUGAAACCAAAUCGGCGAGUUCGGAUCCUUAAGGAUCUUGUGAGAAACUUUAAUUUAGAACCGACAGUUAUUGACAUAACGCUCAAGACAUUACAUAAUAGGAAGUAUGGUACUUUCGGAGAAUAUGUAGAGGAAGAUUCACAAGAACACGACAUUCCCAAAAUAGUAUGUCCAAAAUCAGAGCAUAACAAUGACAUGUUAGCUUGUCCCACUCCUGAUACGUGGAAAAGAAUACAUUGUAUUGACUAUUAUUCAUUGUGUGACCGGAAGAUAAACUGCCCAAACGGCGAAGACGAGGACCCAAUCAUGUGCUUAUUUCACUCUGCAACGGACAUGAAAAUAAAGAAUAUUAUGGAAACUAUGUAUAAACUGUACAGAAAAUCACAGGAAAGACAGCCGUAUUUUUGAAUACCAGGAGCAAAGUCUCGCGCAUGCGCGAUAUUUGUGAUAUAAUUAGAAAGACUGGAGAGUGUAUUUUACUGAAAUGCUAAUUUAAGGCAAAAAGAUCAAAUUUGUUAAAAUAUUUUUUUUAUUAUAUAUUAUAUUUCUUGUUUGGAAAUUUAUUCCCAUUUUUAGACCAAAAAGCAUUCUGUCUACUUAAAUUUGGUACAUGAUGUAGGUAUAGUUAUCAAAUUUCUAAUAUUAACAAAAUUUCAGUUAAUGAAAAGGUAUAUACUUCCUCACUUACUAAAUUAACCUAUCUGACACAACUUCUUUUUCUUGUUGAAAAUGUUAUUUGAGCUUUUUGAAAAAUACGUUGUAUUGAAAUUUACUGUGGUAUUGUCGUCUUUACACAGCUGUAUAUCGCAAAAAUAUAUUAGGUACUGAAAUAUCAUUUCACCUAAAAACGUAAGCAUCUCAAAAAGUAUAGAAGAAACAACCGGAUAAAAUAAAUUAUUAACCUGUUUCAUUUUCUUGCUUGUUUUUCCAGAAGCGUACUGUGUACUAUAACAUUACAUUUGGAAAUUAUUAAGUAUGUGAUACUUCCGUUUUGUGUUACAUUUUGUAUUUUUUUUUUGUUUAAACGUGACUUUAAUGGAAUCGAAAGCAUUUUGUCUUAUGAUUUUCUACUGAUAAAGUGUUUGUAAACAUGAAGCUAUAUGGAAAACAUAAUUAUAUUACAGCCUUUUGCAUUAAAAUGGAUGUCUGUCCUAAAGGAAGAAAUGAUCUUGUAUAACUUUCUGAAAUUUACUUUAAAAUUCUUAGUGUGUACAAGUUUUCUAUAUAAAUUUAUUUACAAGAGUGACAUUUGAAGUUAUGUUUUUAGUAAUGAAAGUUUCUUAUUUUUCAUUCAUUUGAACGAUAUAUCUAAUGCUAAAGUUAGGCUUUACUUCUACUGCAGAAAAUACAACUGUGGUUUUGACUUAAAUAUAUAUUACAAGGUACGUUGCAGUGACAUUUUCAAACAGAAUGUAUAAUAUUACUGCUUUGCAGCUUUCCAUAUUUCUUUCGUUUUAUUCGUAUUAAAACUAAACAUUCUUUUAUAGGAAUUUCUUGCCAACUGUUGUAAUAAUUAGUAAACGUCAGUUUUAUUGAUAGUUUGAAACCUUAAGUUGAUCCAUGCUGUGUUGUCCACUUCAAUUGUCUGUUUUCUUAGGGACCAUCGACAUACUUUGUGAUAUUUUAGCUGUGGUUGGCCCCAUGUUCUGUUACUAUGUGUCAAAAUGUGUAUGUUAAUGGAUGAUUUGUUAUUGAUUCUGAGGACUUGUUCUAUUUAAACAAACCAAGUGGGGAGAAAGCCUUUCUAAAUUUCUUCUUCACUUCCAGGAAAUGUUCGUUACAAUACUUUAACGACAAAACAAUAUAUUAGAAAUAAACCAGUUCUUUCUUCAUAACAGUAUCCGUUCGUUAAAGCAAUUUGACUUCAUCACAAUUAAGCUAAGCCGCUCAUAUAUCGAUGAAUCUCUUAUUUUUAUACAUAGCCGACACCAAAAGCAUCAAUAUUCGAAAACCGGUGUGAACGUUCUUAUGUUUACAGGAAACAUUUAAGUGUGGGCACUCAUUUUCCUAGAUCAUUACUAUCCAGUGAUCUUGAUUUCAAUUCAAAAUUUGAAAGAAAGUUGUUUACGUAAUUUUAAAAAAAAAAUUCAUUAAAAAGACAUUAACAUCUUGGCGUUAUAAUGAUUAACUUAUAAUAAUUUUCUGGUGUUCAUGUAUGUGUAAACCCAGAGUGCACACAAUUAUCAUAAUGUUUCUUGACUUUAUUACACAAGUUUGUUAUUUCUGCCCUGAUCAGUUUACUACUUUACAUUAUACGUGCAUUGAUUUUAAAAGAAGAAAGUAUGAAGAACUUGUUAAUUUUGUUUAUUGUUUUAUAUAGCUUUUACCCACAUUUCUAAACUCCUUUCACUGUUGUAAAGUUUUAAGCCAACUGAAUUCUGAGCUCGUUAUAUGCUAAAUUCACAACCUAAUUGUACAAUGAUACCUGUCAUUAUGUAAAAUACAAGCACUAUAAUUUACCCACUAAAAUGAGCGUCAAUGAAAAUUAAGAUUCAAUUACUAUUACAUGGAUAUGUCAGAAGUGGUGUAUGAUGUAAUGGUCAAAAUAUGAAGCUUUGGCUAAUAGUUCAAUUUUGCAUCGCGGGGAAAUGAUUUCAACUUUACAGAACGCUUAACAUUAAUUGUGGUACUAAUCUAAAUUAUUUAUUUGUAAAAUAAUCAAUAGAUCAAAUCAAGUCCUGAUCUUUUAUUGAAAUAAAGUCUAUAGAAUAAAUAAAAAAACAAUAAAUAGC